AUGAACUCGACAACCUGUGUCAUUGAAGCGAAUCCAGAUGUGUCUGGAGUCGGUAUUCGCAUAUCCAUUUAUGCCCUCUGCCUGGGUGGGUCAAUAGUAAGCUAUUUGCUUCGCGUUUUUGCACCAGGAGAGGAUCAAGAGGAAUUCUCGCGAGGUGUCUCCUCCGCCCUCGGCAUGCAAGGCCUCGCCCUCCUCUGUACAGCAAUCUACCAGACCGUCAAGGGCGACCUAACGCUCUUCCACGCCAUAUGUGUCGUCCAUCUUCUCGCUAUCCUAGGCAUUGACCUAGUCAACAAGGGACGAUACGCAGGGCUUGGUCCCUGGAGACUAUACUUCUUUGCCUUUCUUCAGGUUCUGGCAUUGGGGGCUUUCCUCGCUUUCAACAUCUAUGUCUGGGUCACGGCGCCUCAUUUCGGUAGCCAGCCCGAAUGCAACGGUGAUACCGUGUAUGUUGUGUUUGGAAUCAGUAUUACAGCUGUAUCGCCUGUCUUCCGAUACAUCAUCCUUGGGACCCUGGGGUUGGUAGUGGCAAGUUACGCCAUUGUUUUCAUAUGUAUGUUGCCGUGCCUGUGUGUGUACUACGGGAAUCGCAAACGGAAUCCCCCGAGUGGCAACAGAAUCGAAGGCCAAACGAGGGGAUGGAUCAACUGGUUUGUAGAAGUCAAUUCUCCGGCAUACCAGAGAGAUCCAGGGCCACCAGAGAGACUGCAUGGCCAAGCCUUGCUCAAAUACACACUGAACAGGGUGGCUUACUGCUCCUUUUGCGUGUAUUUGAUUGUUUCAUUGGAGCAGACUAUCCAACGUAACGAGCUUGACCCCGAAGAAAAGGGUUGGACCUUCGGCCAGGUCAUUGCGAUUUUCUUGCUGUUGGGUGUCGCGAACGAGCUGCUUAAUGUUUUCCUGGCAGGUUGGGACAGAAGGCAAGGCGAAAGUUUGCCUCAGAUGCAAUCGAGGCCAAGUGCGGGAAAUUCUGUAUCUUCUUUGCCUCUUCGAAUUUGA